AUGGUUGGACACGCCAUUGAUCGGGUUACCCAAGACCCUGAUAUUCCGCAGGAGUAUUUUCAAGAAAUGCUAUCUUGGAUCGCUUGUGCGGAACGUCCUCUCACUUUGGGAGAGCUUCAGACAGCGAUGAGCACCAUGCCCAGCAGUGACUCUCAGGUUGAUCCUAUUGACUGGAAUGACUGGCCAGACUUUGAGACUGACCUACGAACGACAUUUGGGUCCUUAGUGACUCUGAUUAGGGCUGAUGGCAAAACGGCCGAGACUCUUCAAAGCGGAUUCAGUGAGAGAAAAGUCAAAGAGUACGGAGAGGAUGAGGAUGAAGCUUCUGUUGAUGCUGAUGGGGCUUCUGCCGACAGCGAAGAGCUGAGGGUGGUAGAUCUACCAGAUUUUCGCUCACAAUAA